UAAAUGACGUUACCUGGCCAUAACACAGAGAGAUGCCCACUCUUUGCAAAGUGGUCUCAAUGAAUUAUACAUCUUUUCGGAAGUCCUCUAGAUCUCUGUUGGGAAGAUUAGACAUAAGUCAUCCACACAUGUCACAUGAUCAUAAACUGGAGCAUGCAGUCCAAUCAAUGUGGGGCCACAACUUGAAAAGCAAAAAUGAUAAAUUUGAGAUGAUCUAGCACAGGGCUGCCCAUUAUGUUGCCUAUAGCAUUGGUAACAUGUUAGAUCAUCUGAAAUAAUGCAGUCUUGCAGAUUGCAGAAAAGACAUGCUGGCUAAUUUUAUAACCAUUGUAGCUAGGGGUAUAUAUAUAUAUGGCAAGACAAACUAGGCACAGCUAUAAUGUUUCCUUUCCAUGUAGGAUGUCUUUCUUUCCUUGGACAAUUAAAGAUUGGAAUAACCUUCUAUUCGAAAUUAUUUCCUCCACCUCCUUAUUCUCCUUCAAAUCAGUCGUGUAUCUGCACAUUCGAAUCCUGUUCCUGUUCCUUCACAGAGCACACCUGUGGCCUUUAACUGGUAGAAGUAAAAGCAGAAAUAUUAUUUCUAAUCUUCCAACAACUAUGAACAGAUGAAUGACGGGUGUAUAUCAUAUUAUCUACUGUAAAAGUAGGGAGUUAAAAAUUUGAAAAUGUCGCUUCACCCUUAUAUGAGUGGUGUCAUGUUGGAUAUUCGUAAUAAGAUCCUACGAAACUGUGCAUGUUCAAAUUAGGGUAUUUUCUGAAGAAGAGAAAAAUAAAGAAAAGAUUAAGCUCACAUAUAUAGAUCCCCAUCAGUGAUGAAGAUAUAUUGAUAGGUGCCAAGAUCCUGCUGAGAUCUCCAUAUUUGGCAAACUUGACAAAUGAUCAUGCUCAUACACCAGUAAAUGUAUACAUUGCCAGUUGAAGAAAAUGAACCAGUUAAGAUAUUACAGGCAUCAGUAAAGAAAGGGAAAACUAAAUCAAAUCGCUCCUCUUUGGCAGCAAAGAAACGUGGGAUAUCCAAACACAGUAUGGCUCAGCCAGACGAACUUAACCUGGUGCCAGGUGGUGCUGAAGGUAAUCUUGAAGAAUGUGAUAAUUUUUAUGCAGCUCAUUUUCCACCUCUUCAGAAAGAGGAAUUGGAUCGAAAGACAAAAUCUGGAAGCUCAACCAAAGCAACAAGUUUUAAACAGAUUUCUGUAACAAAUACAUCAAAGUGGAUGGCAGCAAAUAUGGACAAAACACAAAGGGAGACAACUGUUGGUGAAAUGAAGAAAAUUUUAGAGGAACUAGAAGAUAAGUGGGGUGAUGAUACAAAAAAAGACAAGACCAAUGUGUACAGGACAUUGAGACACCAUCUGUCUAAAUGUACAAAUCCUUACACUCUGGUCGCUUAUAUUGUAGAAAAAAGCAAAGAUUAUCAUCUGCCAAAGACAUCAACUCUCGCCUAUUGCAUCAUGAAAGAGUUUGACAAUUGGUGCAGUUCAAAAGAAAACAUUCACAAAUAUUCACAGUUUCUUCUCACACAGGACUUGAAAUUACAUGUGUUACACAUGUGCACUCGCUACCAUAUGACUAUGAUUGGCUUAGCUAUAAAGGCAUUCCAGCUUGACCACCCAGAGAACAGCUUUUUGGUGCCUGUACUGAGGUGCUUUCUGGAGAAACAUAAAUUUAAAGAGGCUGCUGUUUGUGCUGGUAAACUAGGUUUACAGGACCAUUUCUCUGUAGAAGAGAUUGUUUUACCACUGAUCUUACAAGACAAGGUGAACUUGAUAGAAACCUUUUUAAUGGGAAACCCAGGUCAACAGCUGCUAGUUGUACAGAUGCUUGACAGACUUUGUGAUCGAUCUGUCGAUAUGGCCGCCAUUAUCGGUUCGUCAGGUGUGCAAAAUGUGAAACGAGAAAAGAUGCACUGGAAACCUCUAAGUAAGCUGGCCGCCCGCUUGAUGAAGCUGUAUGAUAUUUCUCCAGAUUUGUGCCCAAACAUCAGCAAUGCAAGAGGACUAGGAGCGGUCAAGUACCUGUUGUAUAAAAGAUAUAUAGAGGGAUCAAUGGGAGCUGGAAGCUGGGAAGAAAUGGUGCAGAGUGCCGUUGGUGAUAGUGCCUUUCUAAAGGAACAAUUAAUAGAACAGCUGAUGUGUUACAAUGAGACGACAGCAGCGGCAAAAUGGGCAGAUCAUUACGAGUUGUCUGACGAAUGUAUUCCUCCAGUGGUGGCCGAACACAGGAAGAGCCUGAAAGAAAAUCCUGGCCUUACUACAGAAAAUAUAGAUGGUGAGGACUGGGACGCUGACUGCUAUACUGAUGGUGACAUAAAAACAUCCUGGUAUCCACUGAAGAUCUCCCAGGACGCAAUCACUAUGGUUAACACAAAGGAAAGCUACUCGGCAUGUUUGCAACGACUGUCUCGGCCUGGAACAACUAUAGGAAUUGAUUCAGAAUGGAAACCUGGUUUUGGGAACACAGUUCAAAGAUUGGCCCUGAUGCAGCUGGCUGUUUUGGACCAUAUCUAUCUACUAGACAUCAUUUACCUGUCCCAACAUCUACAGGAGGACGACUGGCAGCAGUUUGUGGCGUGUGUCUUCUGUAAUCCAGCCAUACUCAAACUAGGUUAUGGACUAGACUCAGAUUUUCAGAUGUUUGUUAAGAUGUUUCCCUUCCUGAAAGAAAACCUUUCACAUAUGUGUCGUGUUGUGGAGUUAGAGAAAGUUGCUCAGAAGGUUAUAGAUAAAACGGUAAACCUACUCCCCGAGACGGGACAGUCCGACGAAGAAGAUGCUCCAUUAGAAGACUGUGACAGUGGAGUAAACAUCAAGUUCCCCAAGAAAGAAGCACGUGGUCUGAGUGAAUUAGUGAGACAGACACUUGGGAGGCCUCUUAGUAAAACGGAACAGAUGUCAAAUUGGGAACGGAGACCAUUACGGCCAGCUCAAAUCACUUAUGCAGCAUUGGAUGCCCAUGUUCUACUGGAAGUGUAUGACGAACUGAUCAGACAAGCACAGAAGUUAAAGAUGAACUUUGACAUGGAACCUCCUGUGAGCAUGAAGUGGAUGAAGGCAAGCAAGCGAGACAAGAUGAAGGCCAAGGCUAAAGGUCAAAAGUUUCCAUAUAAAAACAAAUCUCCAAAGACCACCCAGUAUACUUCCCCACACCCUCGGGGAGCAGGCCCCAGUCACCACAUGUCCCCCGGGCAGCUCAAGGUCGUAGUGGACUCCAUGUUACAGGGACUAGGUCGCCAGCUGAGGAGUUGUGGAGUAGAUGUCUACAUCCUAGAGAACCAUGAGGACCAUGACAGAACCAUUGAGAUAUGCAGAAUGCAGAACAGAAUUGUGCUAACCAGCGGAAACCCUUAUAUAAUGGUGCGGUCACAUGUUGGGGAACACAUGUGUUACUGUGUACAGAGUGUGACUGCAAGGGAACAGGUGAUAGAAGUCAUGGAACACUUUGGGGUGAAGGUGAAAACUGAGGACAUCUUCAGUCGCUGUCAGGUGUGUAAUGGUGACCAGUACCUUAAAAUACCACAGAAACAGACCCGACAAUUAUGGUUCAGGAAGCAACAACAGUCGUCCGUGACAGGGUCCCGGGUCCAGAUGUUGAUGAACAUUGCUAAUCCUAGCUCUAUGUCAGAAGCUGACAUGUUAUGUAUGAAGGAUUUAGCCAGCUAUGGUGUUAACUGGACCAAUGUGUCUGUAGCGACAAAUGGUGCUCCAAUACAUAUUGAGACAGUACCUGAAGGCAUACUGGAAAAAGUGGACUUAUUUUAUGUGUGUCAGAAAUGUGGUAAGGUUUUCUGGGAAGGUUCGCACUUCACAAAAGUCAAGGAACAAUUUGCACAUGUUUUGACAUUGGGUGAGUGACAAAGGUUUGGAAUCAUCACUGGAGUUCGACUUUGAUCAGUAGGGAAUCACGUGGACAUACCUGUUUGUAUUGUCUUAAUUUUUAAUCAACAAAAACAGGAAUGGUAUUAAAUGUACCAGUGUUCCAAGAACUGCCAUUGUGGUGCAAUAUGAUUCUGACAAGUCUGUGUUAAGUGUCUUUCAAGACAGCAUUUAUGAAUUCAUUGAAUAUAAGCCAACAUAUAAAUAGCAAAGAUGAUAAAAAUGAAAAUUGUGUAAAUAAAUUUUCAAAAAGGAAUCUUAUAUUA